GGAACCGACCCAGUAGUUUAUACCGUCAUGUAGGUUCGCGAUGAAUCACUGGAUUAUUGUGUUUACUGUUUACAAUGUUUAUCUUCACACGAAAGUGAAUCUAAAGCUACUUUUAAGGCAAGCUAAAAAGACCGAACGCUUUCACGUUCAGAUAAGACCGAUGUCCUGGAGGCCCACUAUGAUUCACCUUAGGUUCACAUAGGUAGACCCUAUCAAUUAUCAGCUGUCAGUCCCCAGUGACCUUCUUAAAGCAAGAAUGCACCCACUCGUAAACGAUGUCCUGUCUGUCACAAGGAAGCCAAACAAUUUCAAACUGCCGUGCACUGCUUAUGGAAUCAGAAUCUGUCUCACGAUCAUCCAUUGUCAUCAUCCCUCGGCAACAGGACAGGGAAAAAAAUCACCGUCAUGCGACGGCACUGCACAGAAGCUAUAUAUGCCGGGCGCGGCGAGGCAGGACCAGACCCGGGCAGGUACCGGGCCGAAGGGACAGCGUCCCCCCUCUACUGUCGCUGCUCGUGCGGCUCAGAAGGCGGGCCACCAUGGACGGCAAAAGGGUGCUGCUCGUGGCGGCAAUUUUGUUCUGCAUCAGCCAGAUCGCAGCCGGCUGCGAGUGUAAGAAGCAAUGCCCGAGGAGGGGGGAUACCGCCACAAAGUGCGCUCUCGCGGCUGGAGGCCAGGGAGUGUGCUGUGGGGGUAUUGAAGGUCAUCAGCAAGGUUCGCCCCAGACGUCAGGACCACACGAUCACUCCAUUAGCAAGCCCAAGACAACAGCCGACGACGAUGACGACGACGACGACGAUGGCGACGAUGGCAAAGACGACGACAGCGAUGACAACAACGAUGGGAAAGACGAUGAUAAAGACGACGACAAAGACGACGAUGACGAUGAUGACAAUGACAAGAACAAGAGUGCAAGACGCGGAAGCGGCGGUAGAAAGGGAACUGACGGCAAGGUGAGUCGACGAGGCAAUCGAAGCAGAAGUCAAAAGAAUAGCCGACGCUUGCAAGAGUCUGAGAAAAAUGAAGCAACAAAAACCAGCCGCUCAAGAGAUGCUGACGGCAAGCGACGCGGUAGCUCAGAGAGUUCAGUUUCUCGCAGAGGAAAAGCAAAAUCCAGAAGAACGACAAGCAGCAGCAGGAGGCGUUCGGCAAAGUCUGGAAGACGGAGGGGAGGAUCCAGGAAAAACAAGCGCAGGUCUAACAGAAGGCGGAGCAGCUCUCGGAAAACAUCAUCCCAAAGACGCAGCAAAAAUGGCAGAAGUAGCAGACGUCGUUCUUCUAGGAAGCGGUCAGGCGAAAGAAAGCAGAAAAACAACAGGGGUAGAGUUGAAGGCACUGCACCUCGUGCUGAGCGAAACAAAAAUAAGGAAGACAAAAACAACGCCGAAAACGAAACAGCUGGGGAGAAACAAGCUAAACGGGCAAAUACUUCAACAAAACGUGCAUCAAGAAAUAACAGAAAAGGAAGGGAACACGGUGCCAGCAGCGCGACAAAGCGAACGACGUCAAACCGCAGGGCAGCAUCAACCAAACAAGACAAACCAAAAACCACUGUAUCAAAACCGACAGCAUCAAUUCCAGACAACAAGACAACGGCACCAAAAGCCGGCAACCAGGCAGCAGCAGUACCGAACGUAGACAGCAGGGCGACAGCAACGCAAACGUCAAGCCACAAGACGCGAACAGCAUCGAGACGAGGAAACAGGAAAACAGGAGCAGCGAGGCGCGAGAACAAGACAAGGACGACGACGACAACGACAAGAGCACCACCAACAACAACACAGAAACCAACGACAAAGGCACCAACAACAACACAGAAAACAACGACAGAAACGCCAACAACAACAACAACAACAGCAACCACAACGCAGACGGCAUCAACAACACAAACCACAACCACAACGCAAGCAACAACAACAGCAUCAGCAACAACGGCAGCAACAACGCCCACAACGCCAACAACACCAACGACACCAACGACCCCCACGACACCAACAACAACCACCACGACCACAACCACCACUACACCAGCACCAACAAACAACAACUACUACCAGACGAGCCACCAGACUUAUCCGCCUCAUAAAUCCGCCUCCAUAAAUCCUCAUAAAUCCGUUCAAGGAGGCGGAAUCGCUCCCAACAGCGGAAGCGGACAACACGGCAGGUCAAGGGAGGGAGCCUGUGUCCCACUGGUUCUGUGUGCUCAAUUGCCGUCCCAUCCCCGCCAGCUGCUUUCCAGAUUGUGUCGUCUCCCAGAUCAGACCCCCGGAGUUUUCUGCGAAUUUGCUUCCAUCCAGCAUCCAAAAGGCGGACAGAACGCUGGCGGACAUAAAACAGGCGGACAGAACUCGGGCGGACAGAAUGCUGGCGGUCAUAGCGUUGGCGGACAAAACGCUGGAGGACAUAGCGCCGGCGGACAGAAUACUGGCGGACAUAGCGCCGGCGGACAAAACGCCGGCGGACAAAACGCCGGCGGACAAAACGCCGGAGGACAGUAUGCUGCCGGACGGUUCGCAGGUGGAUAUAACGCCAAUGGGCAGAACGCUGGCGGACAGGGGGGACAGUACGCUGGCGGCCAUAACGCCGGCGGACAGAGUACCGGCGGAGGCGGACAGAACGCUGGCGGACAUAGUGUUGGCGGUCAUAGCGUUGGUGGACAGUACGCUGGCGCCAAUAACGCAGACGGAGGCCAACAGAGCGCUGGCAGUCAUAGCGUUGGCGGACAGAACACCGGAGGACACAACGCCGCAGGACACAACGCUGGCGGACAGCACGCUGGCGGACACAACGCUGGCGGAGGCGGACAGAAUGCCGGAGGAUAUCACACCGGUGGAUAUAAUGCCGGAGGGCAGUAUGCUGGCGGACAGUUCGCCGUUGGAUAUAACGCCAGCGGACAGAGCGUAGGCGGGCAGAACGCCGGCGGACAGAACGCAGGCGGGCAGAACGCGGGCGAAGGCGGGCAGAAUGCCGGAGGAUAUCAUGCCGGCGGGCAGUAUGGCGGAGGACAGAGUGCUGGUGGAUAUAUGUUCCGUUGAACCGAAUCAGCAACUCUGGCUUCCCAGCCUCUGGCUAGUCUCAGACCUAUGGAUAUUCUUGCACUUGGUUCAUAGGCGGAUCCAACCCAGAGUUUUGGGAGGGGCAAACCAUCACAGUUUAUUGUUUCUUUUCAUGCACUGCCAUAGACGCAAUGUUAAAAAUGAUGUCCUUUGUGGAGGGCAAUUGCCCUAUUUGCCCUCCCCUGGAUCCGCCACUGACUUGGUUAGUAAAAACAUGACACCAGGUGCUCUCUUCGUCCCUUCCUGACCUCCAGUUGACUCACGUUCCCUGACCAAAUUAUAUUCCGUCAAACGAUAUACGACGUUCGAGGUUCCUGGUCAAAGUAAUUUCAAUUGAUACUCAUUCACAUAAGAAUAGCCAGAUGAUUAAAAAAAUAAUAAUAAUAGAGCAUCUCAAUUACAAUUAUUGUCAGAAAGCUUCACCGUUACCAAAUACCCACAUAACUGUUUUGUAAGCUUUAUUCACUCCAAACAAAAAGAAGAUUGAGAAUUUCAACUGAUAUCCUUUCCCGUGGAAGCACUUGCUCCCAUAUUGUACCUUUACCCUUUACGAUUGUACAUUUUCAGGUGUUGGCUAUAGAAACGUCAAUCUCAUUGACUUCCUGUCAUUCCGUUUUCCUUCCCUGCAAUGUGUUAUCAAGAUUUUGUUUCGUGCAUUGAUGCGAUUCGCAAAUAAAAGCUACCGAACUCA